AGAGAAAAAAUAAAAAGAUGCAGCAGCAAGGUUUUUGUUGGGGUUUUGGUCUUUCCUUUCCUAAAACAAUGCCCUGAGAAACAACAAUAACAAUAAUGCAUCGACGCUUCAUCCCCUUCACCCGCAACCUCCUGUCAAAUCUCACCCAUCCUCUAUGCACACUACCCACCCUAACUUCCCUGCACCCUCUCCCUCUCUCCUCCAAUGUCACCACCCUCCCCCGCCGCACCGACCCCACCACCCUCCUCAAAGAAGACGCCGUUUCCCUCUGCUCCCAAAUGUGGAUUCAGAACUUCCGGGACCCCCAUCACACCCUCACCAACCUCUCCUCCUUCCUCCGCCGCUUCGACCUCUGGCUCCUCGCCUACCAGAAAGUCUCCACAGACGACACCGGCUCUUACACCCCUCGCUCCUCAAUCCCUAAGUCAACGCUCGAAGACCUUCUCUCUCUUCGCAACGCCGUUCUCGACGGAAAAUUCAAGUGGGGUUCCCGUUUGAAGUUUUUCAUCAAAUCCCCCAGAGACAAAACCGACUACGAUUCCCUUUCAAAGAGAAAAAUCAAAGCCAUUCUCACCACCACCCAACCCGCUCCAUUCCAAGACAAGAUUGUUCAGGAGGUUCUUCUCAUGAUUCUUGAGCCUGUUUAUGAGGCUCGGUUUUCUCCAAAGUCCUUCGCUUUUAGGCCUGGUAGGACACCACAUACUGUUUUGAGGGUUAUUCGAAGGAGUUUUGCGGGGUAUUUGUGGUAUAUAAAGGGUGAUUUGACCACUUUGUUGGAUGGGAUGAAGGUGGGGUUGGUAAUCAAUGCUGUUAUGAGAGAUGUUAGGGAUAAGUUAGUGGUUGAUUUGUUGAGAGAUGCGUUGGUUACCCCCGUGAUCACGACUAAGGUUGAUGAUGGGGAGAAGAAGAAGAAAAGGACCAAGAGGAAGUAUCAGAAGAAGAGAGUGUUGGCUGAGGAUGAGCCUAAGCCUGAUCCUUAUUGGUUGGACACGUUUUUUGGGUUUGCGCCUGAGGAGGCUGAGAAGGUUCCCAAUUGGGGGCAUUGUGGAGUUCUUAGUCCACUUUUGGCUAAUGUUUGUUUGGAUGAGUUGGACCGGUGGAUGGAAGGGAAGAUUAAGGAAUUUUAUGUUCCUUCCAAGAGCGAUGUUAUAUGGAAUAGUCCUGAAGGGGAUGCCGAACAGGGGAACACGUCUUGGCCGGAAUUCGUGCCUACAAGUGGACCUGAUAAGACCAGGAAGAUGGAUUAUAUACGAUAUGGGGGUCAUAUCUUGAUUGGUGUUCGAGGCCCUAGGGCAGAUGCAGCCACCCUGAGGAAGCAGUUGAUUGAGUUUUGUGAUCAGAGGUUUAUGCUCAAGCUUGAUAAUGAAAGCCUUCCUAUCGAACAUAUAACCAAAGGUAUAAUGUUUCUGGACCAUGUGUUGUGUAGGAGGGUUGUUUAUCCAACUCUCAGAUACACUGCAAGUGGUGGUAAGAUCAUAAGUGAAAAGGGUGUAGGAACCCUUUUGUCAGUCACGGCAAGUUUGAAACAGUGUAUUAAGCAAUUUAGAAAGUUGAACUUUCUUAAGGGGGAUAGGGAUCCGGAUCCCCAGCCUUGUUUCAGGAUGUUUCAUGCCACUCAGGCUCAUACCAAUGCUCAAAUGAACAAGUUUUUGUCAACCAUGGUUGAGUGGUAUAGGUAUGCAGACAAUAGGAAGAAGAUUGUGAACUUCUGCUCUUACAUCAUAAGAGGAUCGCUUGCUAAGCUAUAUGCUGCGAAAUACAAGCUUCGCUCACGAGCUAAAGUGUACAAAAUUGGUUCUCGUAACCUAAGCCGGCCUUUGAAGGAGAAAAAAGGUCAGUCUCCAGAGUACCAAAAUUUGCUGAGGAUGGGUCUUGCCGAAUCAAUCGAUGGACUCCAUUAUACACGGAUGUCUCUUGUACCUGAGACAGACUAUUCCCCAUUCCCUAGUAAUUGGAGGCCUGACCAUGAAAAGUUGCUGCUAGAAUACAUAAAACUGGAAGAUCCAAAGACAUUGGAGGAGCAACAGAGUUGCAUCAGAGAACAAGGGCUUGUCACUCCUCAAGACUAUAUUUCAAUGCUUGUUUGGAAUUACAAAAAGAAUUCUCUUCCUAUGGACCAACUCUCCUUAAUAAACAGCAAUGAAAGUGGAAGUGUUGUAGGCAAUCGGCAAUUGCUAGUUGGCUCAAACCAGGAUGAUCAUGACCACAUAAGCAAAGAGGAAGAUAGUGAUGGAAGGAUGAAUGCAGCAGCACAAAUGUUGAUAUUAUCUUUCACCUUCCCUCCAUGGAUGCUUGCCAGAGAAAGGAUACAAUAACUGAAGAGCAGAGAGCUGUUUCGUGCGGGCAACUGACUCAGGCAAAACAUUAAUAUUGCCACUCUGCAUAUGAACACUAGACUACAAGAUGGCGGCAAAAAUCCAAGCACCUAAAAAAUGUGGAAAAUAAAUUCUACAUACUGUUUUGGAGUGCUAUAUUUUUUAUUCCACAGGAAGGAGGGUAUGCAGCUUUUUUAUGCGAGACAGAACAGUGUGUUCCUUGCGGGAUGCAUACAGGAUCAUUUCAAGUUUAUAAAUAGGUUAUUUGUUCAUAUGUACUCGUCCCAAUUCUUUUUGAAGAGUUGAGUAUCUGCAACUCUUAGUUCUUGACCAUACAUUGAUUUAUGUAUCUUUUCUUACUACUUUUUUUUUUGUACGAAGAUGCCUUAAACUCAUACUGUAAGAACCCAUGUGAAUUUUAAAGCAACGUAGUAGGAAGGAGCUUAUUAUAUUUUGUUAUUAUUCAUUCCACCAAUAGACGGAAAUGAAGAAGAGGAGCAUUUUUAUGUACUAGGAACAAGAUAUCAUUAUUAUUUUUAUUUGGUCACUCAAACAAUCCACUUGGUGACAUUUUCACUAAACAAGAAAUGGAUCCUCU